AUGGUGGCGGGGUAUGGGCGGGCAGUGUUUGUGGACCUGCGCACGCUCAUGCUCGCCACUCAUCCUCUUGAUGACCAUGCCAGGCACGACCUUGCGAUUGCUGGCCAUGCGCGCGCACUGCUAGCAUGGCAUCGUUCCGCGCGUUUCUGCGGCACGUGUGGGGCGCGCACGGCGCCCUGUGAGGCGGGCAACCGGCGCCUCUGCCCCGUCGCUGCCUGCCGCUCCAAGCUCUACCCUCGCAUCGACCCGGUGGUGAUAAUGCUGGUGGUGCAUGCGCGGUCGGAUCGAGUGCUGCUGGCACGGCAGCACCGCUUCCCCGAUGCCAUGUGGAGCUGCCUCGCUGGCUUCAUGGAGCCCGGGGAGAGUCUAGAGGAGGCAGUGGCGAGGGAGGUGAGGGAGGAGGUGGGGCUGUGCAUCACUCACACGCUCUACCACUCGUCACAGCCAUGGCCUGUGGGGUUUGGCAGCAUGCAGUGUCAGCUGAUGGUGGGCUUCUUUGCAUUCGUGGACGACACUGCUGUCGCCCUCAACACACACGAGCUGCAAGAUGCUAACUGGUUCACACGUCAGCAAGUUGCAGCUGCACUCUCAACUGAGAGAUACGAGACUGAAUGCACUGCAGCACGGCACAAAGUGUAUCUCAAACUAGUUCCACAAGCACACGAGGACUCACUGCCCCCAGAGCACAAGCCAAACAGCCAUGCUUACGUGCCAGGGCCAUACGCCAUUGCCCAUCACUUGAUAGCUGCUUGGUCACGUGGCAAAAGCACUGUAGAUAGACACAGUUGCUUGUGA